GCUUUGAACGCCCGGGGAUCUCCCUCAAAGAGUCAAGGAAGUCAGAAUAGAGGACUGGGGAUUCCGCAGUGCAGCAGCACAGGGCAACUCACCUACACUCAAAAGAGAGCCAUCCAGGUUUGCUAGAGAUGUGGAAACAAUGGGAAGCAUAUCUGUCACAUGGCUGGGGAAAUACUUGUGCAAGGCUGGGCAGUUCCAGAGAAGAAUAAUACAAGAUCCCUAAAAAGCCGUGGCCAGCCUGUGUCAGUUGCAGCACAUCUAUUCUCCGCGGGAAGGAGCUGCCCGCUGACUCCAUUGCGGGACUCUCACAGGCUGCUUUUCUCCCCGAGGACAAGGAUGUUCCUGACGUGGCUGCCACUCGUGCCCGUGCUUCUCUGUGCCUCUCUGGAGACAGGAGCCAAUGCAGAUGACCUCCCGUUCCGGAUGGACUCUGUGAUUGGAAUUCUGGAAGACAUGGAAUCUCAUCAUAGUGAGAGCCUGGAUUUGCCUGCAAUAGAGUUCUUCCAAGAAGUGGGGUGCCAGAACCAGUUUUGCCAGCUCUCUCCCGUGCCAGUGAUUCCGGCGCCUUUAACUUUGUCUUACCUGAGUGAGAAACAGAGAUCGUUCCUCGAACGCCUGGCCGAUCACAAGCCAGAGGGCUCCUGGACUGAAUCUGGGGUAGUCUUGACUGCCGAUGGGACCACGGUGUCACUUCGUCCUCUGUUUGGUGGAAUAGUAGGUGGACUCAAGAGGAGGCAGGAGGUGGCUGUGAAUGCCACACCUUGGCUCACGGAUCCCUUGAACGGCACUGAUCUACAGCCAUGCCCCGCUCUGGACCCGCUCCUUGCCACACUGGCCGAGAGCCUCGCCGUGGCCCUUUCCCUCUUUCACACGGAACAGAGUCCAGCUUUCCUGGGUCCAGACGGCUGCUGGGACAGUCUCUCAGCCCCUCAUGAAUUCACCUUGUCAAGCCAGCCCUCCCCUCUGCCUGAUGCUUUUAUCAAUGGCGCAAUGGAUGGACUGAUCCUAGGUACGUACGUGGCCGAGAGCUCCGGCCUGCCACCCAACAUCAGCACCCUGCUUAGUGAGUACUAUGCCAGAGAGGGUCUGGCAGGGGGAAAUCAGACCCGAAGCAACUUCCGGAGAAAAAACUUUGCGGCUCUGGUGAGUGAGGAGAAGCUCAGAGAACAGCUCGAGAACGCUUUUUGCUUCCUCCAGAGCCUGCCCGGCAGCCAUCUCCUCCCCAAAGGCAUCAAGGACAAGGAGCUGAGUUCUCUUGUAAGCCAGGCUGUAGAAGAAUUCAUGGCCUUAUACGUAGAGUGCCCAGCUAUCAUUCCACGGUGUAUGUGGGAGGCCAAGCCUUACAAAGGAACACCAGCUCAGCUUCAACUGCCCUUAGGAUUUGUAUACAUCCACCAUACCUAUAGACCUGGAAAGCCGUGCCGAACGUUCCCAGAGUGUGCUGCUGACAUGCGUUCCAUGCAGCGCUUCCAUCAGGUUGUCCGUGGCUGGAGUGACAUUGGCUACAGCUUUGUCGUAGGAGGGGACGGAUACAUCUACCAGGGCCGGGGCUGGCACUGGGUAGGUGCUCAUACCCUGGGACACAACAGCAAAGGUUACGGUGUCAGUUACAUUGGGGAUUACAUGGAGGCCCUACCAGACCCCUUUGCUCUUGAGCUUGUGAAGGACAAUUUCAUGCAGUGUGCUGUGAGGGGCUCCCGGCUGAAAGCCAACUACACAGUCUAUGGGCAUCGGCAGUUGGUGCCCACCCAGUGCCCUGGAGACAGACUCUUCCAAGAGAUCAAAACAUGGCAACAUUUCAAGGUGAGGUGCUUUAUGAAGGAGGGCGUUCGCCACUGCAUUUACUGCCCACUGGCUCCAUUGUGGGACUCUCACAGGCUGCUUUUCUCCCCGAGGACAAGGAUGUUCCUGACGUGGCUGCCACUCGUGCCCGUGCUUCUCUGUGCCUCUCUGGAGACAGGAGCCAAUGCAGAUGACCUCCCGUUCCGGAUGGACUCUGUGAUUGGAAUUCUGGAAGACAUGGAAUCUCAUCAUAGUGGGAGCCUGGAUUUGCCUGCAAUAGAGUUCUUCCAAGAACUGGGGUGCCAGAACCAGUUUUGCCAGCUCUCUCCCAUGCCAGUGAUUCCGGCGCCUUUAUCUUUGUCUUACCUAAGUGAGAAACAGAGAUCGUUCCUCGAACGCCUGGCCAGUCACAAGCCAGAGGGCUCCUGGACUGAAUCUGGGGUAGUCUUGACUGCCGAUGGGACCACGGUGUCACUUCGUCCUCUGUUUGGUGGAAUAGUAGGUGGACUCAAGAGGAGGCAGGAGGCGACUGUGAAUGCCACACCUUGGCUCACGGAUCCCUUGAACGGCACUGAUCUACAGCCAUGCCCCGCUCUGGACCCACUCCUUGCCACACUGGCCGAGAGCCUCGCCGUGGCCCUUUCCCUCUUUCACACGGAACAGAGUCCAGCUUUCCUGGGUCCAGACGGCUGCUGGGAUAGUCUCUCAGCCCCUCAUGAAUUCACCUUGUCAAGCCAGCCCUCCCCUCUGCCUGAUGCUUUUAUCAAUGGCGCAAUGGAUGGACUGAUCCUAGGUACGUACUUGGCUGAGAGCUCCGGCCUGCCACCCAACAUCAGCACCCUGCUUAGCGAGUACUAUGCUGGAGAGGGCCUGGCAGGGGGAAAUCAGACCCGAAGCAACUUCCGGAGAAAAAACUUUGCGGCUCUGGUGAGUGAGGAGAAGCUCAGAGAACAGCUCGAGAGCGCUCUCUGCCUCCUCCAGAGCCUGCCCGGCAGCCAUCUCCUCCCCAAAGGCAUCCAGGACAAGGAGCUGAGUUCUCUUGUAAGCCAGGCUGUAGAAGAAUUCAUGGCCUUAUACGUAGAGUGCCCAGCUAUCAUUCCACGGUGCAUGUGGGAGGCCAAGCCUUACAAAGGAACACCAGCUCGGCUUCCUCUGCCCUUGCAGUUUGUAUACAUCCACCAUACCCACACUCCUGGAAAGCCGUGUCGAACCUUCCCAGAGUGCGCUGCCGACAUGCGCUCCAUGCAGCGCUUCCAUCAGGUUGACCGUGGCUGGGAUGACAUCGGCUACAGCUUUGUCAUCGGAGGGGACGGAUACAUCUACCAGGGCCGGGGCUGGCACUGGGUAGGUGCUCAUACCCUGGGACACAACAGCAAAGGUUAUGGCGUCGGUUACAUUGGGGAUUACAUGGAGGCCCUACCAGACCCCUUUGCCCUUGAGCUCGUGAAGGACAAUUUCAUGCAGUGUGCUGUGAGGGGCUCCCGGCUGAAAGCCAACUACACAGUCUACGGGCAUCGGCAAUUGGUGCCCACCCAGUGCCCCGGAGACAGACUCUUCCAAGAGAUCAAAACAUGGCAACAUUUCAAGGCGAGGUGCUUUGUGAAGGAGGGCAUUCGCCACUGCGUUUAAUUUACAGCAUGGAGUUCUCUGAUGCUACAAGACUUCACAAACCCAUUUUCUGCAAAAUUGGUGACUUGCCCUAAAUCCAUAGGGGGGCAGCCCUAUGUAGAGAACAAGUGCCCCGAUUCAGACUCGUCAACUGAAAUACAUUAGGGAAUUCAUGCAACUAUGCUUUGAUUUGCAAACAUGGGAGAAGGGCAUACAGAAGUACUUAUGGAACACUGGAG